UAACUCUUUAACAAACAGUUCUUCAUACCUUCACACUCAUAUUUUUUCUGCAAAUCUCUCUCUCGAGGAGAAAUCAAUACUCAGAGGAUUUCUGCAAUGUCAGUGAAUUCGGAUCAAAAUCUCAAAGUUGUUAGUGUUGAUGAUCAAUCAGGAAAUGAAACCCUAAUGGAAAAUCGAAAUAAUCUGAAUUUAGUUUGUGAAUCGGUUAUUGAUGAUGGGGUUAGGGUUUUUGUAGAAGGUAAUGAUGUUGUUAAGGGUUUAAGAGUGGAAAUGGAAGGUUUAGGUGUGGAGAUUGACUUGGGUCCAUGUGAUCUCGAAGGUGGAAUGAGGUUUGCAGGGUAUGGUCGGCUUGACGGUGAGCUUGUGGUUGAUUUGACGAGAUUUUCACAUCUUACACGAAGGGGGAAUGUAGUAGAAGGAGCCAACAACAUGCAAGAGGUAUUAGGUGGGAGAAAUGGAUCUGUUCGUGAUGGUAGAACAGUCAACUUUAAUGAUGGUAUACAUGUUGGGCUUGAUGCUGUCAUUCCAGAAAGACGAGAGGUUAAGCACAGAAUGGAAGAUGAAGGGAAGUUUAACGUGUACGAUUUAGUAUGGGGUAAGGUGAGGAGUCAUCCUUGGUGGCCUGGGCAGAUAUUGGACCCUUCUGUUGCAUCAAACAACGCAAUGAAAUACUUCAAAAAGAAUUGCUAUCUUAUAGCUUAUUUUGGUGACCAGACAUUUGCAUGGAAUGAAGCAUCUAGCAUUAAGCCAUUUAAGAUGUACUUCUCUCGAAUGGAGAAACAGUGCAACUCAGAAAACUUUUCUCAUGCAGUGAACUGUGCUCUAGAUGAAGUCUCUAGACGGGUUGAGUUAGGGCUCGCCUGCCCAUGUUUGCUGGAGGAAACCCGAGCAAAAAUGGAAUCUCAGAUUGUUGCAGUGGCUGGUAUCCAGGCGGAAUCAAACAUGAGAAUUGGAAAUGACAACUUUUCAGAUCAAACCCCAUUCAACCCUGCCGAACUUGUUAGAACACUCAAGUCAGUAGCAGCAGCUCCACAUUCCCGGCUCGACAGGUUGUCGUUUGUGUUGGCAAAAGCUCAGUUGGUGGCCUUCAAUCGCUGGAAUGGUUAUAAUGAGCACCCACUAAUAGAAGAAUUUUGCGAUUUGUUUGAGAAUGAUAAUGAUGUUGAACCACUGCUUGGGAAGAAAGAUGCUAGUGAUGUGGCGUCGGAGGAAAAUUCUAGUGUCCAACGUACUUCCUCAACAAAGCGUCCUCGUUGCUCGGGGAUAGCUGAUCACCCUGGUAAAAAGGUAAAAUCAAUGUCCAUGUUGGUGUAUGGGAGCAGUUCACGUAUAUCAAAUGAUCAGAAGAAAUCUAGAGGGAUAGCUGGGCGAGAGAGGAAGGCUGUGUCGUCUGAGAAGAGACAUUUAACAUCUGAAUAUAUGCCUAGCAAUUCAAAGGCAAAAAGAAGGAAAAAAGAAUUGUCACAAAGCAGUCGUAACGAGAUCUCUUUACCAUCUCAUAAAGCUGCAAGGCGAAAUCUCAAGUCUAUUGACAGAAACUCACGAAGAACUAGUGAGCAUAAUGAGAACUCGAGAAAUAUUGGUUUUGGAGAUUCAGUACUUGGUCUUGUGAAAUCUGAAGGAGCACAGUUGAUUCAAAAAAAGCUCCCUUCAUCAACAGAAUUGCUCUCAAAGCUCUAUUCGGCAGCCAGGGAUCCCAUGAAUGCGAGUAGUAUUUUGCUGUCACAAGCUAGUUUGUUCUGUGAUUAUAGGAAUUUAACUUGCUCGGAAACUACCGUGUCAGCAGACCACUCAAAGCUGACAGAAAAUCAUAUAGGACAAAAUCCAUCCAACUUAGCUGCUGAAACUUUGUUGAUAGAAGGUAUUGAGGACUCGUAUUGGACUGAUAGGAUUAUUCAAUGCAACCCCGAAGAUCAGGUGUUAUUUGAACCAGAGGUCCAAAAUGAGGAGGAUUUUCCUAAUGCUAAAUGGGAGACUUCUCCUGGCCUGAGUCCGAUCUUGGACCAUAAACAAGAAGUAGGCCUGUUGGUUGAGAAUUCAGAAAGAGAAAAUUUAUCUGAUCCUGUGGAUGGAAGUUCCGAGUACUCUCCAACCAUGCUGAUUCUUAAGUUUUCAGAUUUAGAAUCAGUUCCUCCCAUAGUAGAUCUAAACAUAAUAUUUAGCCAGUAUGGUCCACUUUGUGAAUCUGAGACCAAGCUUAUUCACAAGAGAAAACAAGUAAAAGUUGUUUUCAAGAGGCGUGCCGAUGCUGAAACUGCUUUUAGCAAGUCAGGGAAAUUCAGUAUUUUUGGUCCAUCACUCAUCAGUUACCGCCUACAGUAUUCACCAUCACCACGCAAAGCAUCUUGUACCUCAAAACGUAAGAGGAAGUAUGCAGCAUCAUUAGCAGUGAACGACGUUCAAAACUGAAUGAAGGGUGUGAUACUAUUGAAUUACUUGGUCAUUGCUGUUGAAAUUCUAAGUUGCGGGGACUCGUUCACUUUUGAAGUUGCAUCUCUGUCGGAUUCUUCAAAAAUACACUACUUUUGGAGAAGCUGACAUGCAUCCGUGAGAUAUGUAAUUUCUUAACGUGGUGUCUUAGAAUAUGCAUAUACCUUAUCUAUGACUUGCUAUUAUCUCAUUUGGCCCAUAUUAUAUUUAAGAGAUGAGGGAAUUUUAAUAGUUUUCAUGUUCAUGGGGGGAGAUUGUACCUCCCUGAGGCUAAAGGCCGAGAAUGUUUCCCAUCUGAUCAGAUGGGAUGGCUUCUCAUCCAAUCAUUAGACGGAAAAGAGGUCAGUUUGUUGAAUCCUUUCUCCUGUACCUAAAUUCAACUUCCGAAUCAAUUUGCCUUAACUCCUUUUAUAGGUUUGGGGUUUAGGAGAAGAGGAGGAUGAAGAAACAAAGGAGUAUGUUACAUCAGAAAUGCUAUUUUAUCUGUCAAUCCUUCGUUUACAUCAGAUUAUGUACUUGUCAUUGCAUAUAACACAGAUGUAUAAUCAUUUAGCCUUUUCACGACCUGGAGAUACUAAUUGGACUGAAUUCGAAAUCCUUAAUAGAAUAGGUGGAAUCUCCAAUAUGAUUUACUACAAGAGUCGAUUCUAUCUUGUUUCUUGGGGCGCUAAAAUAGGUAUCAUUGAUGUUCAAGAUGGUCCUGAACCACGCGUAGAAUCGCGCUUGAUUCAUCUUGACGAUAAUCGUGACUUUUUUUCACAAGUUAAUGUUCAAUACUAUGUUUUUGAGGUAAA